GCUCUAGGUCAUAUUACUUUUACUGAAUUAAUAUCAUCUUGAAAAUGAAUCAAUUUUCAAGUGUUAUAUUUUUUUUAUUAAUAAUUAAAGUAAGCUGUAUUGUUGGACUGUAUGAUGAAAAAUGGAUAAAAGUACUUCUUCAAAAUAAUCCUGAAAAUGUGAGGGGUUGUGAUAUUACAAUUGGAGACAAUGAAAGAACAUAUAUUGCUUAUGACAAGUCAAUUGAUUUGAAAAUUGACGACUGGAUUAAAUUUGAUGGUGAUCAAGAUAAUAGCUGCUCAUUUAAAGUAUUUAUUAAUCGCAAAAAAGAUUUUGUUGAUGAUAAAGUUUUAAAUAAAAAAUGGACAAUCCGAGAAUGGUAUUUACCUGCAGAGUGUAAAAAUAAGGAACCUUAUGAAAUGGGGUGUGAAAGAAAAUAUAGAGAUUAUACUGUUUAUAUAAAACCAAAAGAAUACCCAGAAAAAUUGCACAUUAUAAUUAUUGAAAAUGCAAAAAGUCAAUUUGAUCAACUUGAAAUACCAGUUGCUAAUCAAAAUUGUGAAAAACAUAAUCCCCCUGAUAUUGUGUAA